CUGUCGGGGCAACUCUCAUGGAUUUCAGGAUUCGCUGGUAUACUUCUUGAAAAAAUUCUGAAAGGCUCCGAUGUGUCGCUGUUUGUGCGGAAUGUGCAGCUCUCAUCUGUCUCGGUGCCCUUCGGCUUAAUUAAUGUACAAGACCGUGAUAAGGUGAUGAAGAAUGGGAUGAUGGUUGGUUUUGACAGUGCUGUUUGGGGUGUGGUCGCUAUCACGGCUUUCGGUGGCCUCAUGUCUUCUGUCGUGAUAAAGUAUGCAAACAAUAUUGUGAAAGCUUUUGCCACAUCCAUUGCAAUCAUUUUGACCUGCAUCACAUCUGCAAUGCUUUUCGCACUGUAUCCCUCGAUUCUGUUCGGUCUUGGAACAGUGCUUGCAGUUGGGGCUGUUCUGCUGUACAGUUUAUUUUCGUCCGAAAAAAGCGAUCAACCGAUUCCAGUUAAGCUUUGUUCAGACGAUUCAUCAGAAAACCACGGUGCAACAAGAACUUGA